AGAGCGAGCGGCCUUCACAUCAAGCAAGUAUCUCGACAGCUUCGGAGGUGAAAACGCGCGUUCAUAGAAACAGCAGUAGGAAAGCAUGGCUAGCCUUUGGAAUAACGCACAUUACUGGAGUGUGUCUCUACUUUUGUUCGCAUAUGUAUAUAUGUGUUUAGGAUGCUCGCCCCCGGAAGGGAACUACACCGAGCCUACUAUUGAAGAGAAAAUGUAUUAUUCGGAUUCGUUCGUUUAUGGAAAAGUUAUCAAAAUUUACAAGGGUGGGUACAUGUAUGACACAUUGUACACUGCCGAGGUCGAAGUACAUUGUACCUUUAAAGGAUCACCGCUUCCACAGCGCAUCAACAUUUCAGAAGCCGGACAUUCAAAGAGUUACGAGCCAGGCCUAUGUGUUUCGAACAACUUCUCAGUUGGAGGAGAAUACUUCAUAUUCUUGGAUCGAGUCGGCGACAAACUUCGACCUUCCUACAACGAGGUCCUUCUGAGUGCUGACGCACCGGAAAUCGACGAUAUCCAGAUAUACUGUGAACAUGAAAUCAAUUACCCAAUUGGCGUGAACGAGGCCGAGGCGGUCAAGGCGUGUCCCGAGCCCUACCCCGACUACCCUAACUGCAUCAAAUACGUGGAGCCAGUCGUCGCCACUCCCAUGCCACCUAAAGAUACAGAUUCUGCUGGUCUGUCAGUUGAAGAUGGAAAGUCUGAGACUGGGGAGGUGGUUUCCAUUGAUAAAGAAAACUCCGGAAGUCGUGUCCUCUUGUCCGUCGGAGCCACGGUGCUUUGUGUUCUGAUUUCUAUUCUUUAGAUUCCAUCAUGCUGUGUUCGACUGCAGUACGGUUAUAUCAUCACUGAUGAUGUGGUACUUUUAAGCAUUCCUGUCAAGCGAUGUUCUACACGAGCGUGGGUGCCCCUCAAAUAUCACUGAUAUGGUAUUAAGUGUUUGCUGGCAUUCCCCGUAAAACAUUGAUCAGCAUACUUCGUGACUCACGUACAAGUUAAACUCCGACCAUUCAAUAUUCGAGGGUGUUGUUGCGGUUUGGGACUUUUUUCGGCCAUGGCGGGGGCGGGGAGGGGGUCACGGCUGGCCUAGUCGUCUAAGGCGCCGCAAUUCGCUGUGCAGAGUUGUGUAUCUUGAACGCACCAGAAUUCUAUGAUUGUUGGUUCUAAUCCUGGUUCGCCUCGAUCAUGUUUCUAGGUUUGUGAGCACCCUUACGUGCUCGUGGGUUUCACCAAAGUGGUAAAGGUCCGAGACAUGCAUCACUUAGGGCUUUCUUCAAAAUUUAUCUGACACCCCGUGAUAUAACUGUUAUAUACUAUUUAAAACUACGUUAAACCCACUAACCACACUGUUCAUUGCGGAAGCCGAGUAAUCAAAUUAACUACUUUUUUGUCUAAACAUCUUACUUAUCGAAUUGUUUUCUUUUUGUUUGUAAUAAACCUGAGGCAAUUCUGUUUCCUGAAACAUUACAUCUUUAAAUAUCCCAGACCCCGCCAUGGAUAUUAAAUGGUCGGUUCCUAACAACAAAACUGUUGUUACAGGUUGUUGUUUUAGGUGUUGUUUUACAGGAAAUGUCACCGAACUAUUCAGCAACACCAAUAUACCAUAUGUUUAAACAAGCCCGUGACGGUUUGGACAUUGUAGAUAAAGAGCAAGAAAUCUUCAGAGAGUGUCUCAAUUCUUUGUGUAAACGAGUUGUACUUUAUAGAACCUUUUUCAAAGUACCUAUUAAUUCGAAUUUGAUACCCGUUUAUGUUCUUAAAGGGUAUGUAGUCAAAUUAUGAGUUCUUAAAGCCAAGAUUUCGUUAAGAGGAGACCGCACCCAGUCCAAACUGGUUACCUUGCAGCGGAAUGCGCAAUGACGAGGCGGGAGUAUUGCGAAUGUGGACUAUUUAUAGCUCCUGUCCGUCCGUUUCUGAUUGGUUGCAUUGAAACAGUACCGGCAGUUUGUCUCAGGGAUUCUUCCCCUAGAAUCUUUAGAUAGAUAAAUCUUUCUAAACAGCCGAAAAUCAAAUAAUUUGUUCUUUGCCUCGCACACCUCCAGCUCUCAGAUAUAAUGAGGACAUUCGGAUAAGAGGAAACUCGUUAAUCCGAACUCAGUCAACUCGAUAUAUCUUUCAUAACGAUAUGACAUUAUGAUAUUAAUCAUAGUAUAUUUCGGUAUGUUUUCCUCUUCUCUCUCACAGUAAUCGAAGAUUUCAUUUGUAUAUCACAACACGUUUAAUCAAACCAGAUUGUUGUUGCAAUUGGCCGUACUGGUUAUAUUACGAGACGCACAAUUGGUGCGACUCAUCCACGUGACCCAUGCGUCCAGAUUACGCAUGACGUAUCAGUAAGCAAAAGAGGCAAUAUCUCAAAUAUUAAUUCAUAUACGACAUGCACCAAACAGCACUCAAAUAGUCGAAAAAUGUUACAGAAUACGAGUACGUUAAUUUGUUAUUGUACUCACAUAUUACUAUUGAAAUUGCGAAAUUUCUCUUUUUAAUUAAUUGUUUUAGUUUUCACUAUAUAUCAUAAUCCACAUACGACCUAAUUAUCCUUAAUAUUUUCCUCUUUGAUAUUAUGACGUAAUCGAUAGUAAAUUAUUGUGAGUGGUUACGGAUUCAUGUUUGAAGUCGUGUCGCAAGGAUAUUUUGUGUACUUCCGCUUCCGAUGUUUGUAAAUACUAACAAGACUAUUGUCAACAUUUGAAAUAUCAGCAAUGGUGCUUUAAAGUUGGUUCUCCAUUUUGUCCGUUAUGCAAAUUAGGGGUUUUAGAGUUUUGUUAUUUUGUUUUGUAAAAAUGUUAAAUAACCAUAAAAAAGUACACAUCAGAUGUUCCUUUAAGAAACACAGAGAGAGGAAUGGAACUGUUCUUAAUGUCGACUGCUCUUAUUUCUAAGGAAAUUUAUCCAAUUCAACACCAAAGCAGUCAUUUGCAGUUUUACAUCCGCGACGAGCAAGAAUUGUACAAAUCAAAAGAAACUUGGAUGAGUUCGGUAUUGCAAGGGAGAUAACCGAUGAUUGUGUCACACAUUCCCACAUCGGAAGAACGUGUGACCGCAUUUCUGAGGCUACUGAGGCCACUCGUAACAUAUACUCACUCGCUCACGAUUUCCAGUCCGAAGUUCCUCUCUCUCUCUGUGUUCCAGCUCUGUGACAGUCAGUUUAUUUUGAUAAAUAAAUAUGGUAAUUUGUAAUGAUGACCUUAACAUACAACAGAGGAAUAUACUGUUUAAAUCAAGCAGUUUUCCGGUGAAUUUGGGGUAUUAUUCUAUUUCAUAGUCAAUGUGCAUGGAGCAAGGGUAACUUCAGCAGAGAAAACAAUACCAACGAUAUUUUAGAUGGCUGCAGUCGCCUAUUUUAUUUCAUUAAAACCCCGAGUGUAAAUUGUAGUCAACGUUCCCUUAUAUAGUCGUUCUUAGCAACACGUUGCUCGAGUGUGUGUACUACGUCACUUCCUGUUGCGAUUUACUCUCUAUCGAAUCCACUAUUUUCUUCUUGACUUCCUGUUACAAAUGUGUACAUAUAUCGCUAUAGAAAAUAUUUUCGCUUUUGCUGUGUGUAUUUAUAAGACAUGUAGGUGUACCCAGUAGUUUUGUUGUGAGAGUGCACAAAUCUACGCAUAACUGAGGUUUUUGUAUGUAAAUCUUCGUCACGUGAUCGUAUUCGCCUGUUGUGUAUGUUUUGUGCAUUAAUAUAUGUACCAAAUACAAUGUUGUUUAUCAUCUAAUUUAUGUGUCUACAUUAUGAACCUUAAUUAACUGUUAGAUAACUCAAUCAUGAAUGACUGUCAUAUAUUCAUUUACAAAACCUUUAAUAUAUUAGAAGACCUGUUUUGAUCCGCGAACAUUUUGCCAUCAAUUAAAAGAAAUCAGUUUGAAAAGGUGUUUAUGUUAGCAUAAUGGCAUGACCAUUGUUUAUUGUUGUUUGACUUGUUAAAACAAGAUUGUUCAGACGUAUUAAUAAAAGAACGUUACGGUCUAUUCAUUUUGCCAAUACUGGUUCAUAUAAAUCAUGACAAAAUCUGCAUAUGUGCGCAUGACGCGGUUGUCACGUGUGUAUUCACGCAAUCAUUGUGUCUGUUCGCGCGUAUUACCUUUUUGCACUAUGCUAGUUAAAGACUACGUUUUGAAUUAACUAUUUCAAUCAUGCUGGUGCCUUUCUUAACCGAAUGCAACGUUUUUCGAUACCAUUUUCCAUUGUAAAUAUCGUUUGACCAUUGCUUCUUUUUUUUUUUAAAGAAUUUCAAAAAUAAUUUCUUGCUGAUCCAGACUUAAGUAUCUUUGUCACGCCCCUGUGACGUUAUUGAAAUACGGUGUAUGGAAAAUGGCGGAGUGUAACGCCGAAAUUAAUUGGAUUCAAUAUUAGCUUACCAUACACACAUUCUCAGUUCAAACGACGUGUGUUUGUAAUGGCUUUCGAUGGGGGUGUUUAGCUUUAACGGCAAAUAAAAUAUCUGACGCCAGAUAAAAGUUAUUUAUUUAUCGAUGCACUGAUAGAGCGGUGUUCCAAUUGUGUGUACUUAUUUCUGUACAGUACUGUAUUUCGUUGCUGUGGCAUCACCCAAUGCCGGUUAUCUCAUCCUAGAGCUAGUCGGUAAAUAAAUGUAAACAAACAAAA